CGGCCGUAUAACAAAAACUAAGGCCGAUUACACCGUUCAAUUCGAUUUCUGUAGAAAUUAGAUUUUGGGUUUUGAAAUUUUGAUUCUUUAGUCAUGCCGAGGAAUGAAAAGUUCGAUUUUGAUGACGGAGAAGACGAGGGCAGAGAAGAUCCAAUAGCCAUUAAAGAAAACGAUGAUGAAGAUGAUGAUGAUGAAGCUAAUGAAGAUCUUAGCUUGAAAAUAUUAGAGAAAGCUUUAUCGAGGCGUGAUGUUGGGAACAAGGUUGAUUCGGAUCUCUCUGAUUCUGGUGUUGUUAGUACUGUGAUGGUUAAUGGAGGAACGUCUAAGGUUAAGAAGAUGAAGAGGAAGAAGUUAGAAGCUGCUAAUGAAAUUCCCAUUGUUUGGAAAGACCAAGAUGAGGAGAAGGAUGUAGUAAAAGGUGAAGAUAAAGAUGAUGAGGUUGAGAGACCUGCUGAACCAAAGACUGAAGAACCAGUCAGCAAUUUAGUUUUAAAGAAGCUUCUUCGUGGAGCAAGAUACUUUGACCCUCCUGAUGCAGGUUGGGUGAGUUGUUAUAGUUGUGGGGAGCAAGGUCAUAUAACUGUCAAUUGUCCAACUCCUUCUAAGCGUAGAAAGCCUUGCUUUAUAUGUGGGAGUUUGGAACAUGGUGCAAAGCAAUGUUCGAAGGGACAUGAUUGUUAUAUAUGCAAAAAAUCUGGACAUCGAGCUAAAGAUUGUCCAAAUAAGUACAAAAGCGGGUCUAAAGGAGCUCUCUGUUUAAGAUGUGGAGACUAUGGACAUGACAUGAUUCUGUGCAAGUAUGAGUACUCUCCGGAAGAUUUGAAGGAUAUACAAUGCUAUGUCUGUAAAAGCUUUGGCCAUCUAUGUUGUGUUCAACCUGGGAAUUCACCGUCAUGGUCUGUAUCUUGCUACAGAUGUGGCCAACAGGGUCAUACCGGACUGGCAUGUGGUAGACACUAUGAUGAAAGCAACGAAAAUGAUUCUGUCAGUCCAUUAUGCUAUAAGUGUGGGGGAGAAGGGCAUUUGAAGCGUGACUGCCCUAACUCUUCCAGUGUAAGCUUUCCAGAUAACAACAGGGAAGCCAGUGAAUGCUUUAGGUGUGGGGAAAAAGGGCAUUUCGCUCGUGAAUGCCCUAAUUCGUCGAGCAUAAGUACUUCACAUGGAAGAGACUCAACAAGUUUAUGCUACAGUUGUAAUAGAGUAGGACAUUUCGCUCGUGAAUGCCCCAAUUCCUCCCAGGUUUCUAAGAGGGACCGUGAUACAUCUACAACAUCACAUAAAUCACGCAAGAAAAAUAAAGAAAUCCCGGAACACAAUUCUACUCCCCAUGAAUCCAAUGGGAAGACUAAGAAGAAGAAGAAGAAGAAAACACAUGAAGAAGAACCGCCCCAUACUUCACCAUUGAAACGAAAACACAGAGGCGGUUGGAUCACAGAGGAACCGGAAGAAGAAUCUUUCCAAAGAGGAAAGAUGAGUAGGCCAAAGUCUCCCAUUACACCAUCGGGUUAUAACCUUAGGUCAUCCACUAGACAUAGGAGUAAUGACUAUAGAUCGUCAACAUUCAGUCCUGGUGAGCGUUUCCUGGGAUCUCAGUCUAGUAGGCAUCUCUCGGGUCCUUCACCAUCAAGGCAGCAUCAUCAGCAUCAUCAUCAUCAUCAUCAUCAUCAUCAGCAUAAUCAUCAUCAGAAUCACAGUUAUGAACCUGCACCAUCAAGGUAUGGCAGAACUCAACACUAUAGUGACUAUGGAGGGAUCUCUGAACGUUGGUAGUAUCAAUUGAUAUGGUCAAGGUCAAAGCUGGACACGAUCUAGCUUGGAAUCUAUUAUGGUUGAUGGUGUUUGCUGGGAUCGAAGGUAGCUUCCCUAUACCUCUUGUAUUUUGAUUUGGGCUUUGGGGCAGCUUCUUGUUGUUUUGUUCUCUUUUCAUACAAAGGUAGUUUUGUUCAGUCCUCCUUUCCCCUACUCACUCAAUUGCUAAGAUUUUCUUUGGUUAUUUUUGUUCUUUAAUUUAACUUUUGAAGAGAAUUUUGUAUUUGUCAUUAAGGAUUAUUGCUAUAUCAUUUAUAUAAUAUUUGAUAAAUUUUUUAAAUCAA